UACGCAGACCGCAAACGGUAUUCUCCAUCCCGGUCCGCAGGCUGCGAGUAGUCUGGGACACUGCGGAAGGGGAGAGGGAAAUCUCCUCUCUUAUCCAGCGUCUGUGACGUGUGGGCGCCGGUGUAUAUCGCUCAGCUGCAGAGCACGAUGAGCGGCUAUCUGGAGGACCUGUCGGAUAGACAACGGGCAGCCCUCGACCGGUUCCGGUCUGCCAUAGCGGAUGUUGAUGGCGAGCGUACGGACCGUUUCCUGCUGCGAUGGCUGCGAGCUCGAGAGUUCGACGUGUCCAAGGCCGAGGACAUGUUUCGACAGGACGUCGAGUGGAGGUCAAAGAACGGAAUGAGCAGCAUCUUGGAGGAUUACCAGCCGGGCGAGCUGAUUCAGCGUUACUUCCCUGGCGGCCUGCUGGAAUGCCAUUCCAAGGGACACCCGCUCUUCUUGGUGCCUAUGGGCAACGUCGACAUUAGAGGGUUCCUGCAAAUAUUGCCCGCGGCGGCCAUGCUUCGCCACCUUGCCUACAUGCUCGAGUGUCAAGAGAGAUUGAAAGAACGCGUCUCACUCAAGAUGGGGCGGCCUGUGGAGACGACGUACGUUGUGCUAGACUACGAGAACUUUAGCCUCCGCCAACUGUACUCCUGGGAAGUUAUGACGAUGUUCACGGACAUGUUGAGUGUCUACGAGGCCCACUACCCGGAGAUUCUAGAGAAGGCCCUGGUCAUCAACGCGCCCAGCUUUUUCCCGCUGGUCUGGAGGAUCGUGCGACCCUUUCUAUCGCAGAGAACAGUGGACAAGGUACUUAUUUUUGCAAAGGAUGGCUGGCGAGAAAUAAUGCGGGACACCUUCGAACCCGAGAGGCUCCCCAAGCACUGGGGCGGUGACAUGCUGGGUCCGGACGGAGAUCCGCGCUGCACGGACAAGGUGUGCCCAGGUGGCCAGGUGCCGAAGUGCCCGCAGAUGGGCCCGGACGCUUUCAGUCAGGUCAUCUCGAGUCGGGACGCCUGGGAGCUGCGCGUGCCCGUCCAACAGUCGCAGAGCUUACUGCGGUGGAACUUCAAUGUGCAGCGAGGGGAUCUGGCCUUCGACCUGCGCUACCUGCAGUCUAAGGACGACAAAAAACCAGAGGCCUCCGACGAGCCGCUGACGAAGCCGCAACGUCUCACAGGACAGCAGGAAGGCAGCCUCCGCUGCGACAAACCGGGCACAUACGUGCUGCGUUUCGACAACUCCUUCAGCUGGCUGACCAGCAAGAACCUGACGUACACCGUGGAGGUUCAGCCACCGGACGAAACCCCCUGAAGAAACUCGGUACCACCCCACCAGACGGCACGUCGCUUGACGUACACGUGACGGACCACGGACGCCACACACAACCGUAGUCACCAAGGCAGCGCCCGCUGCAUCCAUGGACACACUUCCAAUGCGCUCGAAGAAUGCUUUGUUUCGUAAACGUUGUAAUCCAGAGCUUUUUUUGACUGGAUAGAAGCGCUGAACGACAGGGACAAAGUGAAGGUACCAACAACACGGAGUGUACUCGCAUCGCAACUGAAAGUUUCUUAGAAAACACACUAAGUUAAAGGUGUACUCCAGAGACUUUGUUUACGGUCGCUCGCUGAUUGGCUUUAAAAUUCGCUCAACACACAGAUAGACAUGGGCGUACCGGUUCCCUAAGUAUUAUGUAAAUAUUUUAAAAAAUCGCAAAAUUCUUGAUAUUUUCUUAUUUCGUUUUUUAUCGUUUUUUUUUUUUUUUUUUUUUUUUCCAAACCGAAACCCUUACUAGCAACACUGAAGUGUGACGACAGAGAUGGUACAUAGUGGGCAGUAAACCACAUUCCCAAGUGAAUACAAGACGUUUGAUGGUGGGAAAAGAAUGCUUGGAAGCCCAUUUACUAAGAAGCACUAAAAAACGCUCGACGUAAUCUGUUUAAGACUACCUACGCAACCUUAAAAUAUUUACCGUUUGUGACGCCACGCCAAUGGAGAGCGCUUGGAAUUUUGAAGGCUGGCUUCGGCAUCAUCUUCAUUUCCAGUUUUCUCGAUAGCUAUUGUGAAUUUCGAGACAAUAAGUACCUUACCGUGAAAACUCAAGGCCGGGUAUUCCAAAAAUGCAAUUUCUUUGGGUAUCUCAAAAAACGGCCGGAGGACCCCUUUGAAUACCCUACAAAAACCACGACACUUUGGGCCACCCCACAGUCUUUCUAAAAAUAACAUUUUCUGAUCUAACGGCCACAGAGGCUCACAAGUGUGAGCCGUCUGUGGCCCCAUUAGACCAGGAAAUGUUAUUUGUUUGGGAGAUAGAGACAGAGAGAGUUGGGUGCUGAAGUGACGUAGUUUUAUUAAGGUAUUUAAAGGGCAAUCGAUCAUAAAGCAAACCAAAAUAAAUUGCUGGUAUCACUUCAGUGGCAGGAAAUAUGAUUACAACCGAAAUAUUACCUCAAAGUGAAGCCGCGUACUCCACUCAAAGCGAUUUAAAGAUGCGACCAGCUGAUUUUUUGUGAACGGCUUGCGGGUUAGCUUUUAGUCAAGGAACACUGGCGCAGCGCCCCCGUCAAGUCACGUCGCGGGUGGGCGGUGGUUGAUUUCGCACGUGUACCGCGUACCGCAGCAGCACGGUGACGUCACGUCACGUCGCGGCCGGAUGGAUGGAUGGAUGGUAAUGGAUAUAUCCAUCGUAACGGGAAGUAGCUUGCGCCACGUACCCUAACAUUUUGUCGUUCCUUCAUUUUUUUUUUUUAAUUUGUAUAAAUUUGGUUUUAACAACACCGGCUGAUCAUCAGUUUUGCCACCCCUCUAGUAGAGCAUUUCUGUUUUGCCGUAGGCGCCCUAAACCAAACUUUGAGCAGUGAUAUUUAUAAAACUAUACACAAUAUCUAGAAGGGAAAAAAGUUGUACCUUGUAAUUCAGGGACACUGCUUUAAUUCAAAAAACGGUAGUGACCAGAGGUGCCCUUUAAGUCAGUGUGUUUCUUAAUAAACUUUCAGUUUCGAUUGCGCUCCGUGUUGCGCUUAACUUCUUCACUUUGUCCCUGUCCUUCGGUGUUUCUAUCCAGUCAUAAACCAACUAGCCCAACUCAACCUUUUGUUCCAGAGUUCUUGUUGUCCAAUCAAGGCGGCUAUCUUCCGAAGGAUAUUUUAUUCCGCAGUAAAAGGAAUUGCACU